AUGGCUCAGUGGUAUCAGCUACAGCAACUCGAUUCCAAGUUUUUAGAGCAAGUUCACCAGCUAUACGAUGACAGCUUUCCAAUGGAAAUCAGGCAGUACCUUGCACAGUGGCUGGAAAACCAGGAUUGGGAACAUGCAGCCAACAACGUAUCUUUUGCUACGGUGUUAUUCCACGACCUGCUGUCACAGCUCGAUGAUCAAUUUAGUAGAUUCUUGAUAGAAAACAACUUUUUGCUGCAACACAACAUAAGGAAAAGCAAACGUAAUCUUCAGGAUAACUUCCAAGAAGACCCAAUACACAUGGCAAUGAUCAUCUACAACUGUCUGAAAGAAGAGAGGAAAAUUCUGAACAGUGCCCAGUUGUCAAAUCAGAUGGAAGUGGGCAGCAUACAGAACACUGUGAUUGGGAUGCUGGACAAACAGAAGGAGCUUGAUGCAAAAGUUAAGGCUGUAAAAAAUAGCGUUAUAGACGUGGAGCAAGACAUCAAGACAUUGGAAGAUAUGCAAGAUGAGUAUGACUUUAAAUGUAAAACCUUGCAGAACAGAGAGCAUGAGUCCAAUGGUGUGUCGCAGGAGGAAUAUAAGAAAGAGCAGAUGAAUCUCAAGAAGAUGUUUUUGUCACUUGACCUCAAGAGAAAGGAAGUGGUGAACAAGAUAGUACAGCUGCUGAACACCACGGAGCACACACAGAGUGCUCUUAUUAAUGACGAGCUGGUGGAGUGGAAACACAGGCAACAGACUGCAUGUAUUGGUGGCCCGCCCAACGCCUGCCUUGACCAGCUACAGAACUGGUUCACCAUUGUUGCUGAAAGUCUACAGCAAGUUCGUCAGCAGCUCAAAAAGCUUGAGGAACUGGAGCAGAAGUUUACCUAUGACCCUGAUCCCAUCACAAAAAACAAACAAGUUCUGCAGGACCGAACAUACAGUCUUUUCAAACAGCUCAUCCAGAGCUCCUUUGUGGUAGAGAGGCAGCCCUGCAUGCCAACACAUCCUCAGAGGCCAUUAGUUCUGAAGACAGGCGUACAGUUUACUGUAAAGCUGAGAUUGCUGGUGAAAUUGCAGGAAUUGAACUACAACUUGAAAGUCAAAGUUUUAUUUGAUAAAGAUGUAAGUGAGAAGAACUCAGUCAAAGGGUUCAGGAAAUUUAAUAUUUUGGGAACAAACACAAAAGUAAUGAACAUGGAAGAAUCUACUAAUGGAAGUCUAGCAGCAGAAUUCAGGCACUUGCAACUGAAAGAACAGAAGAACGCGGGGAGCAGAACAAAUGAGGGUCCUCUCAUUGUAACAGAGGAGCUUCACUCUUUGAGUUUUGAGACGCAGCUGUGCCAGCCUGGCUUGGUAAUAGACCUUGAGACCACAUCCCUUCCCAUUGUUGUGAUCUCAAAUGUGAGCCAGCUUCCAAGUGGAUGGGCUUCUAUCUUGUGGUUCAACAUGCUGUCUACUGAUCCCAAGAACUUGUCCUUCUUUCUGAAUCCACCUUUUGCAAAGUGGUCUAAACUUUCUGAAGUUCUGAGUUGGCAGUUUUCUUCUGUAACAAAGAGGGGACUUAAUGCGGAUCAGCUGAGCAUGCUGGGAGAGAAGCUACUUGGGUCAGCAUGUGGAGGAUCUCACGAUGGCCUUAUUCCUUGGACAAGAUUCUGCAAGGAAAAUAUAAAUGAUAAAAAUUUCCCCUUUUGGCUGUGGAUUGAGGGAAUCCUGGAGCUUAUUAAGAAACACCUCCUGUGUCUCUGGAAUGAUGGCUGCAUCAUGGGUUUCAUCAGUAAGGAGAAAGAACGUGCUUUAUUGAAAGACCAGAGUCCAGGAACAUUUUUACUAAGAUUCAGUGAAAGCAGCAGAGAAGGAGCAAUCACAUUUACUUGGGUAGAAGGAUCUCAAAAUG